CUUUAUGAACCAAUUUCAGUGUUAAACUCCAUAACUGAACUAAAUUAUGAAAGUUCUAUUUACGAUGAUCAAGAUAUAUUUGCUUCAACCUCAACACAAGCUCCCAUAAUUAGUCCUAUUUGCAAUGAUCAAGAUGUAUCUGCUUCAACCUCAACACAAGCUCCCGUAAUUAACACUAUUUGCAAUGAUCAAAGUAUAUCUGCUUCAACCUCAACACAAGCUCCUGUAAUUAACCUUAUUUGCGAUAGUCAAGAUGUAUCUACUUUAACCUCAACACAAGCUCCU